CGUUUAACCUCGCCGGCUUGUAAAGCAGCCCCAGGACAGUGAACCUUUGGAGUUUGAUAUGAUGUGAUUACAGAAUCACCCCAGUGACACGUUGCCAAAUUCAGCAGAAUGAGGGUCUGAGUCUUCCGGGUGGUGAUCUCUGAAAUUGCUCAGUGAGCACCCCUAAUUUUGCUGAUUUAUUGCUGAUAAUCACUCACAAUGGAAACCAAUCAAAAAUGUGGGGAUGGACUGACUGGCACGCAGAAAGAAGCUGCGCUGCGAGCUCUUAUCCAGCGCACUGGAUAUCACAUACACCAGGAAAAUGGCCAGAGGAGAUACGGUGGCCCACCUCCUGGAUGGGAAGGCUCACCUCCCGAAAGAGGCAGUGAGAUUUUUGUGGGAAAGCUUCCUCGAGACCUCUUUGAGGAUGAGCUGGUGCCACUCUGUGAAAAAUUUGGCAAAAUUUACGAAGUACGGAUGAUGAUGGACUUCAAUGGCAACAAUCGAGGCUAUGCAUUCGUUACCUUCUCCACAAAACAAGAAGCUAAGAAUGCCAUGAAACAGCUCAACAACUAUGAAAUCCGGAAUGGAAGGCUUCUGGGCGUGUGUGCAAGUGUAGACAACUGUCGUCUAUUUGUGGGUGGUAUUCCAAAAACCAAAAAGAGAGAAGAGAUCCUGGCAGAGAUGAAGAAAGUGACGGAUGGUGUCUUGGAUGUCAUCGUUUACCCAAGUGCUGCUGACAAGGCCAAGAACCGAGGUUUUGCAUUUGUGGAAUAUGAGACCCACAGAGCUGCCGCCAUGGCCAGGAGGAAACUGCUCCCAGGAAGGAUUCAGCUGUGGGGUCAUCCUAUUGCAGUCGACUGGGCUGAACCUGAAGUGGAGGUAGACGAGGACACCAUGGCCACAGUGAAGAUUCUCUAUGUUCGUAAUCUGAUGUUGCCCACCACAGAGGAGACUAUUGAAAAAGAGUUCAAUAGCAUCAAACCUGGUGCUGUUGAACGUGUGAAGAAGAUCCGAGAUUACGCAUUUGUUCAUUUCUCUCAAAGAGAAGACGCCAUCAAUGCCAUGAAUGCACUGAAUGGAAAGGUUAUUGACGGUUCACCAAUUGAAGUCACACUAGCCAAGCCCGUGGACAAGGACAGCUACGUGCGGUACACCCGAGGCACAGGGGGCCGUGGUGGUACUGUUCUCCAAGGAGACUAUGCUUACACUGUGGGCCAGAUGUACGAUCCCUCAGCUGCUUACCUAGGAGCACCAAUAUUCUACGCCCCCCAUGCAUACGCAACAAUCCCUAACCAGUUUCGCUUCCCCAGUACCAAGGGGCAAAUGAGUACCAGGGGUCUUGUCCGGACACCCUCAGUGAGAGAAAUUUACAUGAAUGUACCUGUAGGGGCAGCGGGCGUACGUGGUUUGGGCGGGCGAGGAUAUCUUGCCUAUGCAGGUGUGGGUCGCGGCUGUGGCACAUACCAACUCAAGACAGACAAACGCCCCGACGACAAGCUCUAUGACCUUCUUCCUGGCAUGGAGCUCACGCCCAUGAACCCAGUCACUCUGAAGCCCCAAGGCAUCAAACACGCCCCACAGAUCUUGGAAGAUAUUUGCCAAAAGAAUAACUGGGGUCAACCUGUUUACCAGCUUCACUCUGCUAUUGGACCAGAUCAGAGGCAACUGUUCCUUUAUAAAGUCACCAUCCCUGCUCUUGCUACUCAAUACCCAAAUAUACACCCGUUCACCCCUGCCAAACUCUGUGCAUCGAUGGAUGAGGCAAAACUGCACGCAGCCGAGCACACGCUGCAGAUCCUCGGUGUUCAGACAGAGGGUGCUGACGCCUCUGCUGCUGCGGCUGUUGCUGCUGCAUUCCCAGGUAUGUAAGGUUAUGCAAUUGCCAGCACCACUGGCACUCAGCUGAAACAGGCCGUUUCGUUGGGUCAGGAUUUGACUGCCUAUGCAACCUAUGAGGGUUACCCUGCUUUUGCUGUGGCAGCCCGUGGCGAUGGAUAUGGA